AAGCUCAAAAACCAAAGAACUCAUUCCUAUCAAUCUCUUUACCAUCAUCUUGAUCAAUCAUUGGUUAUCUGUCAUGAUGAUUAGACCAACUUCUCAACGCUUAUCCCAUCCUCUAAUCAAGCGAGUCAAAUCCGUGAAUCUUGGAAGAGCACAAGUGGCGUUCAUCCAAACUCAAGCUCAUCUACCUCACUCUCAAUCACAAUCUUGUGAAUCCAAAGUUCAAAGUCGUCAAUCCCCUUCUAUCGAAUCUUCUCGAUAUGCCCUCACGCAUAGAUGGUCUUCUAAUUCACUCCGACUAUUCAGCUCAUCAACCUCGCAUCGGGCUGAAACUGUAAAGGUUCCUCAGAUGGCCGAAUCGAUAUCAGAAGGUACUCUCAAGCAAUGGUUGAAGAAAACCGGUGAUCAUGUUAAAGCGGACGAAGAAGUGGCCACGAUCGAGACUGAUAAGAUCGACGUCAGUGUGAAUGCUCCAAAAUCGGGUACUAUCACUGAGACUCUUGCGAAUGAAGAAGAUACUGUAACAGUUGGUCAAGAUUUAUUUAAAUUAGAACCAGGAGAAGAACCAGAAGGAAGUAGCUCUUCUUCUAAAUCCGAUGUGCCAUCAGGCGCCAAAGACGAAGGAGAAGCCAAAAAACUCGCAGAACAGACUGAUAAGAAACCACAAGUUAAAGCUGAUGCAGCUGAACCUGAACAAGCUUCUCAAAAACCUUCAUCUCACGAUCAGAAAAAAGAAGCACAACCUUCACGUCCUGAACCUCAAUUGACUGAAACCAAACAACCGGUCGGAAGAAAGGAUUAUGGUGAAAAAUCUUCUGAAAGCAAAUCUGAGGCUGAGAAAGCUAACCCCUUGGAUCGAACUGAACGAAAGGUUAAAAUGAACAGGAUGAGAGUCAGAAUUUCAGAGCGACUCAAACAAUCCCAAAACACAGCAGCAGCACUCACAACUUUCAAUGAAAUCGAUAUGUCAUCUUUGAUGGAAAUGCGAAAAUUAUACAAAGAUGAUAUCUUAAAACAGAAAGGAGUGAAAUUAGGUUUUAUGUCAGCCUUUGCAAAAGCUUCGUGUCUUGCAUUGAAAGAGAUUCCAGGAGCGAAUGCAUCAAUCGAAGGUCCUGGUGCAGGUGAACAGAUUGUGUAUCGAGAUUAUGUUGAUUUAAGUGUAGCUGUGGCUACUCCCAAAGGUUUGGUUACACCUGUGGUUAGAAAUGCUGAGAGUCUUAGUUUUGUUGAAAUCGAAGAAGAGAUCGCUCGUCUUGGGGUAAAGGCUAGAGAUAACAAAUUAUCAUUAGAAGAUAUGGCUGGUGGUACUUUUACAAUCUCUAAUGGAGGUGUUUUUGGCUCCUUAUACGGCACGCCUAUCAUCAAUCUUCCUCAAUCAGCUGUCUUGGGAAUGCACACCAUCAAGGAUACUCCAGUAGUCCGCAAUGGUCAAAUCGUCAUUCGACCGAUCAUGAUCGUCGCACUUACUUAUGAUCACCGUAUCCUUGAUGGUCGAGAAGCUGUGACGUUUUUAGUCAGAGUUAAACAAUAUAUUGAAGAUCCUCGUAAGAUGCUUUUAGCUUAAAUGCUUAUUUUUAACUUACAAACUCUUCACUCUUAAACUUCAUUUUGGGCUACACCCAAAAAGGUCUCACCAUACAUCAAAAGGUUCUUUUAUUCUUUGAGGUUGAUCAAAUGUAUUGUUUUGUGAUUUAAAGUUUUGUUUACAGUUGUGAUGACUUUUUUCAGAAAAUCAUAUUGUUUUUCUCUCGCUUGUUUCAUAUGAUUUUUAAUUUCAUUUCAUUCAAAUUCAAAUUCAAAUCAAUCCACCUC